AUGGGUUAUAAGUCAGGCCGACUGUUCGAGGUGCCAAUCGACAACAAUGGCAAAGUCGUCGUCACCAGGCUGGCGGAAAGAGUCUACAUGAUCAUGUGGAACUCUGCACCAGACAACCGACUCACCACCGUAAGCACUGCCAUUUUCAAGCUCCUUCCCCUCAUUGCUAAUGAUAUGUCCAGUNCAUUCUGCAAUGCCGUACACACUGCGCUGGACAUCCUGGCGCUCAAGUAUCCUCAUGGCGUUGUGAUUACCACGUCUGGCAUCAGCAAGUUCUAUAGCAAUGGAUUGGAUCUCGAGCAUGCGAAUUCGAACCCGACUUUCACCAAAGAUUCUCUGUUUGCGCUAUGGAAGAAACUGUUGACUUACCCAAUGCCCACCAUCGCCCUAAUCAACGGCCAUGGCUUCGCCGGCGCUCUCAUGACCGCAAUGAUGCACGACUACAGAAUCAUGAACCCUCACCGCGGCUACAUCUGCCUCAACGAAGUCGAAUUAGGCGUUCCUCUCAAAGCAGCCAUGUCAUCCAUCUUCCGCCAAAAGUGCUCGCCGCAAACCUAUCGCACUUUGGUACUCGAAGGCAAGCGCUUCAAAGCUCUAGAGGCACUGGAAGCAGGUAUUAUUGACGGAGUUGGAGGCUUGGAUGAAGUUGUUGCGUUUGUGGAGGAGUUGGGGUUGGUGAGUAAGACGGACAAGGGGGUUUAUGGCUUGUUGAAGAGGGAGAUGUGGAGAGAGACUGUGGCGUUUUUGGAUGCGCCUGAUGAGGAGAGUGAGUAUAAGGAGAAGGUCAAGAAGCAGGAUGAGGAGCUGGACAGGAAGGCUAAACAGAGAGUUAAGGAUUGGGAGACUGCAAAGGCCAAAUUGUAG